UUAAAACAUUGGAUGUUCUGUGACAUCUAGCACAUCGACUGCCUGUUGUCAGGAUGAAGUUUGUGAUAUGUGUUGCGGCUGUUCUCCUCUCAUCUGUGACUGGUCGAACGUGGCAUGCCAAGAGAGAGACUGACCCAGGACCAGCACUUACAUGCUAUAGCGGGACAUGUGAGAACGUAGUUGCACCAGUUCGAAGGAUCCUGCAAGGACCAACGUUUAGGUAUCUCAUCAGAGAGGGCCUUGACUGCAGCCAACAGACAUUGACCAUCGCUGGUGAAUGCCAAACCUCUUCAGCAGACUGUCGAGUGCGUCACCAAAACCCGGACCUACCCAGUGCCCUCAUUACCUUCUGUCGCUACAAAACAGAAAUCGAGGACGAGGCGUCAUGUUGGACAAGUGAUAACUUGCCGUGGGCUCUUCUUUCAUGUGCAGAUGAAGACAGGAGUGCCUUUGCCGAGUGUGCUGAAAAAAGAGUGAGCAGUCUCACAGAGUGCUCUGAAACUAGUGGCGCCAUCUUCCGAGAGAUGCUGUCGGGUUUACUUCCUUAGAUGUAUCCAUGCAUACAGAAGAACUUGACCAAAUCAUCAUGUAAUGUUUGUUUGUCAAUAAAUUAGUCUUAAUUACG